GCUUACGCUAUCCUAUUUCCUUUAAUUUUUUUUUAAUUUACAUAUUUAUUUCAACCUCUUCGCGAGAAGAGGAUCUGUACCUUUGUAGCCCUCGCGGGCUAUCGGCGCCUGUCCAAUAAGCUUGGCAGGUCUCGUGAGGUUUGAAGCUGAGCAAAGCGCCCAUUGGACGGGUCAAUUCAUCCAGAGUUAGACCUUGCAUCGUAUACGGAUUGUUUCCCUCGGCACGGAACACAGGUCAUCAAAGCCCAAUUGCAUAGGCUGGACCUUUUCAGCGUCGUCGUGAGGUGUUUUCAUAGUGCUUGCACAAUCGCCGCAUUAUCUAACAGGUGACAUCCCCUGGUUAACGCGUUUCUCAUCGAAUCACUCAGGUAUGACGCAGUCAUCGCGCAAUUAGAGCUCCUUCAAGCUAGGCGACCAACGUGGUUUUGACUGUUCUCUCAAAUGCAGGUACCAGACUUGCAGAGCCUUGGAUUCUCCUUAGAUUUUGCGACACUUCGGUAAACAAGCAUCUCCAGACAUGGACCCCACAAGGACGUCCCGGCGCACGUUCACGUCGUCUUUAACUUCGCAUCCCGUACCUGACGACGCAGAUCCGCAGUACAAGAGCCUUGCUGAGGCACUGCGUCGAUUGCUUACGCUGCUUAUCAAUCAUCCGGCCAUGUCCAAGAACAUCGAUCAAACUUAUUCCACCCCAGCUGCCAGUAAAAAUAAAGUUUACUUCAUGUGGGACUUUGUAGGCCGAACUCUGGCCAUGCUAUUUGGACUGCCGCCCUCGAUGCCGGGACGGCCAGCGCCGCCGCCUCAAACCAUUUCCACGCCUGAAGGGGCGGAGGCAUGGAAGGAGAAGCAGAAGCAAGGUUGGACAGAAGUCAUGCAAAGAGCGUUGUACGCAAGGGAAUUAAUUUUGGAUGAAGGAGGCAAGCUAGAUGCUAUGAUGAAUGUGAGCUACGGAGAUGGGAGCGGCGUUGAGAAGGCAGACUUUGGAGAUGAGGUCCUGAACGCGAGCAGAGCGAUCAUGGAGCACGACCGUGGGAAUGUGUAAGCGGAAAAUGCGUUUCAAAUCUAGCUCCGAGAACAAAGGUUGAAGUCCUUCUUCAUAGUGCUGUGGCAAAAAACAAUCCUAAUUCAUCCCCUUUUCA